AACCAUAGCCCAUUAAUGAGUUUUGGAGCCAGUUUUGUCAGCUUUUUGAAUGCCAUGAUGACAUUUGAAGAAGAGAAAAUGCAACUGGCAUGUGAUGACUUAAAGGCUACAGAGAAACUUUGUGAAAGUGAAGAAGCUGGAGUUAUAGAAACAAUCAAGAAUAAAAUUAAAAAGAAUGUUGAUGGACGAAAAUCCACUCUAUCCAUGAUAGAUCGUCUACAAAGACAAAUAAUUGUAGCAGACUGUCAAGUCUACUUGGCUGUACUCUCAUUUGUAAAACAAGAGUUAUCAGCUUACAUAAAAGGUGGGUGGAUACUCCGAAAAGCCUGGAAAAUUUACAAUAAGUGCUAUACGGACAUUAACACACUUCAGGAAAUAUAUCAGAAGAAAACAACUCAGGAAUCCUUGACUUCUGAUGCUGCAAAUGAUAAUCAUAUUGCUGCAGAAGGUGUAACGGAGGAUUCGCUAAACAGACUGAAAGGUGCUGUUAGCUUUGGAUAUGGACUUUUUCAUCUUUGCAUAUCCAUGGUGCCCCCAAACCUGCUCAAAAUCAUCAACCUGCUGGGUUUUCCUGGAGACCGCCUACAGGGGCUUUCCUCACUGAUGUAUGCAAGUGAAAGUAAGGACAUGAAGGCCCCUUUAGCUACAUUGGCUCUCUUGUGGUACCACACAGUUGUUCGCCCCUUUUUUGCCCUUGACGGCAGCGAUAACAAGGCAGGAUUGAAAGAGGCAAAAGAAAUUCUUGCAAAAAAAGAAUCUGCUUAUCCAAAUUCUUCUCUGUUCAUGUUCUUCAAGGGAAGGAUACAGCGAUUAGAGUGUCAAAUCAAUAGUGCCUUGACCUCAUUUCAUACUGCUUUGGAACUUGCAACAGACCAAAGGGAGAUUCAGCAUGUCUGCUUGUAUGAAAUAGGUUGGUGCAGCAUGAUAGAGAUGAACUUCAAAGAUGCAUUUGAAUCCUUCGAAAGGCUUAAAAAUGAAUCCAGGUGGUCCCAAUGCUACUAUGCUUAUUUAACAGCAGUGUGUCAAGGAGCCACUGGUGAUGUCAGUGGUGCUCAGAAUGUGUUCAAGGAAGUUCAGAAGCUUUUCAAAAGAAAAAACAAUCAAAUAGAACAAUUUUCAGUGAAAAAGGCAGAUAGAUUUAGAAAACAAAUGCCGACCAAAGAGCUGUGUGUCCUGGCAUCCAUUGAAGUAUUAUACUUAUGGAAGGCCCUUCCAAACUGUUCCCUCUCGAACUUACAGCAUAUGAGUCAAGCUUGUCAGGAUGUUGAUGAUUCAUCGGCUGUUGGGUUGAGGAAUUUGCUUCUUGGUGCCAUACACAAAUGUUUAGGAAAUUCUGAAGAUGCCAUUCAGUACUUUCAGCGAGCUGCAAAAGAUGAACUCUGCCGUCAAAGCAACUUGUACGUCCAGCCAUAUGCUUGCUAUGAACUUGGCUGCAUUCUGUUAGACAAUCCAGAGACUGUGCCAAGAGGCAAAACCUUACUGCUCCAAGCCAAGGAGGAAUUUUCUGGCUAUGACUUUGAGAACAGAUUGCACGUCCGCAUACAUGCAGCCUUAGCCUCUCUAAGGGAAGUAGUUCCACAGUGACGAACAGCAAGUCUUGUUAUCCUUUCCCACAGUUUCUGCACUUUAAGAUGAAGCAGAAGAAAGAGCUGUUGGGAAGACCAGCUUUUCUUCUGAAAACCACUUGUGCCAGAGACACUUUCCCAGUAUGGUCAGAGUUGGUAUGGCUUAGUAAAACAUUACAAUUUUAACUAAAGGUAAAUCAACCAGGAAGAAGGUUAAGUGACCUUGUGUUUUUAACUCAUUGUUUUUUAUUUUGUUUAAACCAAGCCGAACACAAUUGCUUGCAACUGUGGGUGAACCUAAAGAAGCACACGUAAUUUACUUAAACAAUAUUGGCAAAUGUGAUUUUUACCUUUUAAAACAGAUCUAGAUCUAAAAUAUGCUAAGGGGAGCACUUCUGGUUUGAUUAGAAUAAUACAAUAAAAGUAAUUGGUGUAAAUUUUGAAGUUG